AUGGCUCAUUCAAGCGAAGCCAGCUGGGAAACAGUUUAUCAGGAUGAGGUGUCUGCAGAUAUUGAUAUUGUACCAGGAAAAACACUGGAUGGUCACUACGGUAUAUUCUACAUUUUGAAGUUCAUCGACAGCGGAUAUUAUGGUAAAGUUGUCAAAGCAAAAAAUGUCAUUACAAGGCAGUCAGUCGCCCUGAAGAUCAUCAACAACGAAGAAGAAGACGUCAUUGCGAACGAGAUUGAGAUACUGCAAACUCUUAGGACUCUAGACGCUGACGAGUCUAACAUUGUGAAUUUCUAUGAGUGGUUUGAGCACUGUGGACACACCUGUCUAGGUAUGUAGAUUAUAUUCCAUUUCACCAUUCUGUUUUACUGUUGAAUGAAAGUAUUUCUUUGGAUAUCAGAGAUAUGUGGUAAAAAGUUAUACGUUUACUGCACUAAAAACAUCUUGUAAAUUAUCAGGUCUAAUUUCAGACCAAACACUGGGUACCAUUGUAUUUAAACCUUGAUAUUCAGAAAUUUCUAAUUUGGUCUAAAAUGCAUUACAAAGGCAUAAUUUUUUUUUAGUUAGAAAUAAGAGAAAAAACAUUUGUAAAUAUUUCAGAUUUUGCAGUGGUCUUUUUUAAUAAUUCAUGUAUUUUAAUGCUCUUUAGUGUUACUCUUACCUUGUUCUAUCUCAUCUAAUCGUGAUUUUUUUUUUUGUCUUAUCUUUUUGUAGUCUUUGAAAUGCUGGACAAAAGUCUUUACGAUCUAUUGAAUGAAAACGGUAUGCCAUUCUCUCUUCAUGAGAUUCGUCCAAUCACCCAUCAACUUCUGUCGGCCUUUGAUGCCCUGGGAGACAUUGGUAUCAUAUACAAUGACCUAAAGCUUGAAAAUGUUAUGUUGGUUAACCAGAGAGACCAGCCUUUCAGAGUCAAACUUAUAGACUUCGGUCUGUCCAUUAAGACCUCUGAAGUGGACGACGGUUUGGGAAUGCCGAUAGUUCCUUACAGAGCUCCGGAACUGUUCCUGGGCCUCCCCUUCUCAGAGGCAAUAGACAUGUGGGCUCUGGGGUGUAUUCUGUUUCAAAUGUUUCUCUUUGACUACCCAUUUGGUAAUGACUUCAGUAAGAUUGGGACCAUGGAGAACAUCGUAGCCAUCAUGGGUCAGCCAGCUGAUCACCUCCUCAAUGCUGGAAAAUUCACAACAGACUACUUUGUAAAGAACCCAUCCUCAGAACACCCAAAAUGGUUGGUGAAAAACCAGACAAAAACUGGUCUUGAACCUAAACCCGCACUGAGUGUUAAUUCUCUGGAGGACCUGGUCACACUUAACCCUGUGAACCAUGGGUCCAUUGAGAUCGAAGACCGCAGAGCCUUUGUGAGCCUCUUGAAGGGUCUCCUAAACACUGACCCAGAGAAGAGGAUUAGCCCCAAGCAGGCUCUAAGUCAUCCAUUCAUCACCAUGGUCCACCUGCAGGAGAAUGCUGGCAGCCAGUACCUGGAAGACGCCAGGGACAAAAUGGUCAUGACUUACAGGAACAGAUCAGAGGAGAAUCAUCUUAGUCCAGCUUCUGUGGUAGACAAACAAAUAGAACUAGCUGAAGCUGAUGAUAUUGAAUCAGGAGAUAUACUGAAUGGUGACCUCGGUCAAUACUGCGUUUCAAUGUUCCUCAGCAAGGGAGCUUUUGGUAAAGUUGUCAAAGCAAAAAAUGUCAUUACAGGGCAGUCAGUCGCCCUGAAGAUCAUCAACAACGAACAAGAAGACGUCAUUGCGAACGAGAUUGAGAUCCUGCAAACUCUUAGGACUCUAGACGCUGACGAGUCUAACAUUGUGCAGUUCUUUGAGUGGUUCGAGCACUACGGACACACCUGUCUAGGUAUGUAUAUUAUAUUCCAUUUCACCAUUCUGUUUUACUGUUGAAUGAAAGUAUUUCUUUGGAUAUCAGAGAUAUGUGGUAAAAAGUUAUACGUUUACUGCACUAAAAACAUCUUGUAAAAUAUCAGGUCUAAUUUCAGACCAAACACUGGGUACCAUUGUAUUUAAACCUUGAUAUUCAGAAAUUACUAAUUUGGUCUAAAAUACUUUACAAAGGCAUAAUUUUUUUUUAGUUAGAAAUAAGAGAAAAAACAUUUGUAAAUAUUUCAGAUUUUGCAGUGGUCUUUUUUAAUAAUUCAUGUAUUUUAAUGCUCUUUAGUGUUACUCUUACCUUGUUCUAUCUCAUCUAAUCGUGAUUUUUUUUUUUUUUGUCUUAUCUUUUUGUAGUCUUUGAAAUGCUGGACCAAAGUCUUUUUAAUCAAUUGCGAAAAAACGGUGGGCCAUUCUCUCUUUGUGAGAUUCGUCCAAUCACCCAGCAACUUCUGUCGGCCUUUGAUGCCCUGGGAGACAUUGGGAUCAUAUACAAUGACCUAAAGCUUGAUAAUGUUAUGUUGGUUAACCAGAGAGACCAGCCUUUCAGAGUCAAACUUAUAGACUUCGGUCUGUCCGUUAAGACCUCUGAGGCGGACGACGGUUUUGGAAUCCCGACAGUCCCUUUCAGAGCUCCUGAACUGUUCCUGGGCAACCCCUCCUCAGAGGCAAUAGACAUGUGGGCUUUGGGGUGUCUUCUGUUCCAAAUGUUUCUCUGUGAAAACCCAUUUGGUAAUGACUUCAGUGAGAUUGGGACCAUGGAGAACAUCGUAGCCAUCAUGGGUCAGCCAGCUGAUCACCUCCUCAAUGCUGGAAAAUUCACAACAGACUACUUUGUAAAGAACCCAUCCUCAGAACACCCAAAAUGGUUGGUGAAAAACCAGACAAAAACUGGUCUUGAACCUAAACCCGAACUGAGUGUUAAUUCUCUGGAGGACCUGGUCACACUUUACCCAUGGAACCAUGGGUCCAUUGAGAUCGAAGACCGCAGAGCCUUUGUGAGCCUCUUGAAGGGUCUCCUAAACACUGACCCAGAGAAGAGGAUUAGCCCCAAGCAGGCUCUAAGUCAUCCAUUCAUCACCAUGGUCCACCUGCAGGAGAAUGCUGGCAGCCAGUACCUGGAAGACGCCAGGGACAAAAUGGUCAUCACUUACAGGAACAGGUCAGAGGAGAAUCAUCUUAGUCCAGCUGCUGUGGUAGACAAACAAGAAGAACCAGCUGAAGCUGAAGCAGCUAUAAGCCGCUCAGCUGUAGAAGAUCCAGCUCUUACCAACAUUAACCAGUCAGAGGAGGAUGUUUUAAACACAAGUGAGCUAGUGAGGUUUGACUCUGAUCCUCAACUUGUAAUAGGUCCAUCGGUGAGAAGGAGAGGUGGCCCACUAAGACGGGUCAGACGUUUCUUUGGCAGAGUCUUUAGGGCCAUGUGUUGUUGUCUCCCGCCUAGGGAUGACUAGAACGUCCUGUGUUCGGAUCCGGGUCAGGGUGUUUCUGUGUGUAGUUUGCAUGUUCUCCCUGUGUCUGUGUGGGUUUACUCCGGGUGCUCCGGUUUUCUCCCACAUUCUUUCAACAAAAAAAAAAAAACCCUUGUGGUUUUUCUCUCCCAUGGGAGGGUUUUAAUUCCCCUCCUCGAGCUACCACCUUACCAUGGUGGAGGGGUUUGUGUGUCCUGAUGAUCCCAGGAGCUAAGUUGUCGGGGCUUUAUGCUUCUGGUAGGUUCAACCAUGGCAAACAUGUCCUGGAGGUGGGAUCAGACUAAGGGUAGCUCAAAUAGACCUUUUUUGAUGAGUAAAAUAUUUAGUAUCCAGUUUUCCUCACACAGGUUACUGAGCCACCCAGGUGAUGGCGUGCACCUGAUGGCUGGGCCUGCACCCAUGGGGCCGGCUGGGCACAGCCAAAAGAGGCAACGUGGGACCCCCUUCCCUUGGGCUCACCACCCAUAUAGCAGGGGCCAAAGGAGUUGGGUGCAAUGUGAGUUGGGCCGCAGCUGAAGGUGGACCCUUGGCGGUCUGAUCCUCGACUGCAGAGUCUAGUUCUAGGGACAUGGAAUGUCACCUCCCUGGUGGGAAAGUAGCCUGAACUGGUGUGAGGUGGAAAGGUUCCAUCAAGAUAUAGUCAGAAUCACCUCAACACGUAGUGUGGGCUCUGGAAACAGCUCUCCCCAGAGGGAGAAUUAUCUGAUCUAGAUCAUACAGUUUUAACUGAAUUCUGUUUUUUGUGCAUUUUUGUAGGCCAUAUUUUGCACCACCAUGUGUCUAUGGUAGCACAGAACGGACAAACCAUGCACCAUAUGCAUUUUUUUAGGUAAUAGUUGCCAAUCAAUAUUGCACUGGUAGGAGGAGAGGUGCUGUUGUGCAGAAAACAAUCUUUUUUGACUGAUGUUGUUGACUUAACAAGAACCUGAAGGGAUUCAAUAAAACUCUGCCUCACGGUCUGAUACAUAAUAAUAUAUGUAUUUAUUUUCAAUAUAAAUAUCUGCCUAAUGUUUCCAUUUUAGAUGUUUUUAACAAACCAAACAGUUUGGAAAUCAUGUGCAACUUCAGUUAUGUUGAAUCGAAAGAGCAUUUUUGCCUCUCCAACUGAUGUAAAAUUGCUGGGUCAACUAAUACGUACUUGAUCUCACUCACAGCGAGUCUGUUAGCCAAGUUAGACAGCUGAUAAACACAAGCACAUCCACAAAGACUGUCACUGAGACAAAAUAAAUAAGUAGAUAAAAAAAUAAGCUGUCAUACAAGAAUUUUAAAUCUCGAUUGUGGUCUCAGCCUUGACAAAGCAACUCAGAGUUAACCCUAGUGCGCAAAUAGCCGUGAAACAACUGUGCUGCAUGAUGAAGUCUUUUCUUUUCUCAAAGAAAAUUUGACAUUUUAAUAUGUCUAAUCAUCCUGACUCAUAGCCACAUUAUGGUCUGUAAAUAAACAAAACCAUUUGAAUAUCUGUCAAGAUUUCAGCGAGUUAAGAGGAUUUUUGAUCAUGCAGAUUACUCAACUUCAGUCAGCUACCAUAGAGUAAGACUGCACGAUGGUGGAAAAAACUAACACUGCAAUUUUUUUCAACGCUGGGAUAUGUAUUAUGAAAAUAAAAAAUAGAGGCAUUUCACCAGAUGACCUGAAUAGCACUUUAUAUUGAGCUGCACUGCUGAAAUCUUGAGGACAGAUAACCUGCACUGAUCCUACCUCUUUUUGUGAAUGUUAGUAGGAUAGCUUCUGUCCGUCUUAGAGAUGUUUUUAGCUUUUAUUGUUCUGGGACAUUAUCGUGGAAACAGAUGAAAGGCACUGCAGACACAGAACAGGUGUUUGGUUACUUCAUCCUUCUUGUAACCAAAAUAAUUACAGAUAAGUGACUUUGCUUUUCUUUUUGUCAACAAGUAUUCAUCUUUGGCAGUAAGUGACCUUGCUUUUCUUUUUGUCAGCAAGUAUUCAUCUUCGGAGGUUUUCUUUUGUUCGUUUCUCAUUUUGCAAUCCCAUCCCAGUACACAUCAGCUCACGUCAUCACUCCCAUCAAUACAAGCCCGUCUCUGCAGGUCCACAGCCCCGGGUGGCUCUAA